GCCACACACGUGCUCUACACCCCACGACGUGCGCACGCGACAGAUAUGCUCGCUAAGUUGUUAUUGUUAUGCUGCGCGUGCGCCGGUGCGCUGGCGCGGCCGGGGCUGCUGGACGGCAUCGGCUACGCGUCGCACGGCUACGCGGCGCCCGCCUACGCCGCGCCCCUCGCGCACGCGGUGGCGCCGGCCUACGCGCCCGCGUACGCGCCGGCCAUCACGGCGCACACGUACGCAGCACCGGCUAUUGCGCACGCGGCUUAUGCUGCGCCAGUUGUUAAAGCGGUGGUACGCGCCGAACCGGUAGACCCGAACCCCGCGUACAGCUUCUCGUACGGCGUGGCGGACCCCGCGACCGGCGACCACAAGGACGCGGCGGAGACGCUGCAGAACGGCGUCGUCCACGGCUCCUACAGCCUGGUGGAGCCUGACGGCCACGUGCGCAAGGUCACCUACACGGCCGACAAGAUCAAUGGCUUCAACGCUGUGGUUGAGAGGACGGGCGCUUCUGCUCAUGCGGCACCCGUAGCAGUAGCAGCUCCCGUAGCGAAGGUGUACGCAGCGCCCGCGCAGGUCGCGGUCGCCGCCCCAGUCGCGAGGUACACGCUCCCCGCUGCCCACGUCGGCGUCGGCGUCGCCCACCCCUGGGGCUAAGCCCACCACCACCGACUACAAAGCAACCUAGCUCCUUGCUGAACGACAUAAGAUUCAUUUUAGCGUAACGUUGCAGAAAAUAGUGUAGGAACUCGAAUUUACCGUCACUAUGUCUAAAGUAGUUUUAGUAUAACACUGUUUUCUGAUGUUAGGAGUUAAGCACAUUUCAAGUUUAGAACAGUAUAGUCUGUUGAGAUUUUGAUAAUAACGGUUGUGAUUCUAUGGUUGUUGAAUGAUUUUUGACUAAGAUUGUUUUGUUAAUAGUUUGGUUAGAAAUCAUAGGCCGCGGCUACAUGGCAAAGGCGAAUUGUAAUGUUUGUUUAGCUGUCUAUUGCAGAAGUUUAUAUUUUUGUUACUGGGCUCAACUGAUUGUUAAUAUCUCCUUAAUGUAAAAAAAAAACGUCAAAAUGUAACAUUGGACGUUUUUAGUCUGGUUGUAAAGUUUCGCGGCCCAUUUUCUAGUUUUUCUCGCCUUUGCCCUCCGGCCCGAGUCUCUCAGAGAGAGGUUUGUUCAGCAAGACUAGGCGCGCCUGAUGACCUCGCCCGUCUAAUGUAACUUAUUAUUUAUUAUGUACUGCUUUGACUGUUGCCUACGGACCUGAUCUUGACGCAUCGUAUUAUUUACGUUUAUGUAAAUAUAAUGUAGUUUUAUAAAUAAAUAAAUGCAGUUUUUGCAUCA